AGCCGGAAAUGAUGAAGCUUCAAUCUUUCAGAUUCAAAGGCACUGCUAUUUCAUGCCCAAAGAUUCAAUCUUGCCAUCGCCAACAAGAUCUCAGAGGUCAAACCGUCGCUAUUAUAGGGCUUGGAAAAUCUGGAAUAGCGGCAACAAGGCUAGCUCUCGCAAGGGGGGCUUCUGUUGUGGCCAUUGAUCAAAAUCAGAAUGUGGGUUCACUACUUGAGCAAAAUGUUGCCUUUGGGAAAGAUAGUGUGAGGACAAUUCUUGGUGAUUUUGACGGCGAGCUGCUUAGAGAUGCAGAUAUUGUAGUCGUUUCCCCCGGGGUUCCAUUGCAAAAUUAUGGCCUCGCCUCGCUGUUAGCUUCGGGGAAGUGUGUGAUGUCUGAGUUGGAUUUUGCUGCACAAGCUCUUCCAACAUGCACUGAGAUCAUAGCAGUUACAGGAACUAAUGGAAAAUCUACGGUUACCACAUUUGCUGGGCAGAUGCUCAACCAUUUGGGCAUCCCGACAUUUGUUGGGGGCAACCUAGGAGUCCCGCUUUCAGAUGCUGCUUUUGAGUGCUUAACUCUUUCUCCUCAACGUCCAUUCCAGGUGGCAGUUGUGGAGGUGAGUAGCUAUCAGUUAGAAGUCCCGAACAGUUACUUUUGCCCAACGGUUGCUGUGGUCGUAAAUCUAUCUCCUGACCAUCUCGAGAGGCACAAAACAAUGAAGAACUAUGCAAUGACCAAGUGCCGUGUUUUUUCACACAUGAAAGGGAACAAGAUUGGCAUUCUUCCACCUGGAAAUCAAUAUCUGUUAGAAGCAUUAAGGGCUCAUAUGCAUGACUUUAAUCCUGCUUGGAUUGGCACUUGCCCUGGUGUCAAAGUAAGCAUGGAGGCAAAGGUUGCCAAGUUAAAGGUUCCAGCGAUAGGAUGUGAUUCAGAGCUGGAUUUGAGUGCCCUAAAGGCAAUCGGGAUGCACAACUACAUCAAUGCUGCAGUUGCUGCACUAUCGGUUACUGGAUUGGAUAUUGGCAUCAACGCGACAUCCAUAGAUUCAACUAUUAGUAAACUACGGGCUCCAUGUCACCGAAUGCAAGUUGUUCGUAUUGAUAACAAUGGCGUAACCUGGAUUGAUGAUAGCAAGGCAACGAAUGUUGAAGCUACGUAUUCUGGGCUCAUGGGUGUCAAACAGAAGGCGGUUCUUCUCCUUGGUGGCGUUGCAAAGGACACGAAAAUGCAAGGUUUGGAUGGCUUCGAGCAUCUGGUGGAGCCUCUGAAGCGCCAUAGAGGCGUAAUCACUUUUGGAUCUUCUGGGAUGAUGAUUCAGAAGACACUCUAUGUUAAUGGUGUAACCAUUCCUUGUUUAAACACUAAGCAUCUCAAGGAUGCAGUGUGCCUGGCAAAGAAAAUUGCACAACAAGGUGAUGCCAUUGUACUGAGUCCAGGUUGUGCUAGCUUUGAUGAGUUUAGAAAUUUUGAGCACAGAGGGGAGACCUUUCAAGAACUGGCUUUCUCAUUGCAGUGAUUUUCUUAUGGGAUUUGCAUAUAUAAAAUCUUGUAUUGCCACUAAUCUAAUGUCUUUUUGUAGUAUCAAGUGGUUUCAAUUUGAGAACAUAUCAUGAUUCUCCAGUGUAAAAAUUGUUUGUUACUAUAAUAUUCAUUGGUUUUAAAUACAAAUUUUUUUUGUUGUUUA